CCAGAGGGGCAGAGUGGGGAUUCGGGCAGGACCGCAGUGGCCAGGCCAGCCCAGAGUGCCGUGAAGACCCGCCCUCGCCCCGCCCCGCCGCACGCCCCGCCUCUCCCCGAGCCCCCCUCCUGCCCUCUUCCCUGGGCUCGGGGCUGAGGCCCUGCGGGGAGCAGAGUCCGGUUGCCUGGCGCGGGCUGCGUGUGUCCGCCGCUUUUCCGGGUGCGUUGCCGCCCGGCCGCGUGUGUCCGCCCCACCGUGGCCCUCGCUGCACCCCGCUGCCUGCACCCCCAGAGUGCUUGUCACAGGCUGUGUCUACACCAUGCUGUCCAGUCUGAUGGAGUGGCUGUGGCAGGACAAGUUUUGGUUGGCACCUAACAGCACAUGGGACCAGAUGGAGGACCGUGAUGGCCUGGUCUUCGCCCACCCUCGGCAUAUGCUGCCAGCUGUGCCUCUGGCGCUGGCCUUGGUGGCCGUGCGCCUCAUCUUCGAGAGAUUCGUGGGCCUACCCCUGGGCCGGUGGAUGGGCGUGCGAGAUCAGAUCAGGAGGCAUGCGAAACCCAAUGCCACGCUGGAGAAACACUUCCGCAAAACCGGGAGGAGACCCAAGGAGGCUCAGAUGGCCCUCCUGGCCACCCAGUGUGGGCUCACCCUGCGCCAGACUCAACGCUGGUUCCGGAGACGAAGGAACCAGGAAAGGCCCCGCCUGUCUAAGAAAUUCUGUGAAGCCAGCUGGAAGUUUGCCUUCUACCUGUGUUCUUUCACCGGUGGCAUCUCCAUCCUCUACCAUGAGCCAUGGAUGUGGACUGUGAAAAAAUGCUGGGAAAAUUACCCACAGCAGACCCUGCAGCCAGAACUGUACUGGUGGUACCUUCUGGAACUCAGUUUCUACAUUUCACUGCUAAUCACACUGCCCUUUGACAUCAAACGCAAGGAUUUCAGCGAGCAGGUGAUCCAUCACUUCGUGACAAUUACCCUGCUAAGCUUCUCCUACUUCUCCAACCUGCUGCGUAUAGGCAGCCUAGUGCUGCUGCUGCACGACUCAGCUGACUACCUGCUGGAGGUCGGUAAGAUGCUCAGCUAUGCGGGCUAUGGGUCAGCGUGCACUGCUGUCUUCUUUGUCUUCUCUGCCGUCUUCUUCUUCACCCGCCUCAUAAUCUUCCCCACACAGAUCAUCUAUAGCACGUGGUUUGAGUCUAUCGAGAACAGUGGCCCCUUCUUUGCCUACUACUUCUUCAACGCGCUUCUGAUGAUGCUGCAGGUGUUACACAUAUACUGGUUCUGUCUCAUCCUGCGCAUGAUCUACAACGUCCUGGGGAAGGGGCAGGUGGGAUCGGAUGUCCGCAGUGAUGCAGAAGAAUCUGACUCUACCGAUGAUGAGGUGGCACUCAAAGGUCCACAGUUGAAGAAUGGGGUGAUUCAAGGGCCUGGGACUGAGCCCAGCAAUGGCCCUCGGAAUCGGGCAGCUGGGCGGUUGGCCAAUGGGCACAUCCCAACCACAUAGCCAGCUUGAAGACUGGCCAUGAGGGGUUGUCCUCAGCCCCUGCACUACCUGUGUGGGGCUGGAGCGGAAACCCUUGCUUGGGCCAGCUCGGCUGAGACAGGGAGGGCCCCACCUAUCAGUAGGAGGGCUGAUGAUCUGUCUCUAGCCCCUUCCCUCUGCUCAUCCUCUUUCCAUCCCUCGGGACAACUAGCCAAGAGUCUCCGGAGAUAACAGGACUCUAGACACCCACUGCUACCACCAACAGCCCUGGCACAACAUCCAAUAAAACUAGAAUGGAACUGAA